AACGUCAUUUAAAUUUCAGUUGUUAUGGCUUAAUGGAGUUAAAUUGAUACAGCUACCUAAAGAUGUUUUUUAUUUUAGAGCUGAGGUAGUAUCAUUACAUCGAAGUAUUGAUAGAAUUCUCACUGAAUUCCAAAAUGUGAAUUCGGAAAUACUUCCUGUUAGAAAAAUGUUUACUGCUUAAGAUUCGUAUGCGAUUGAUAGCUAUGGGGUGUGUGAGCGGCAAACAAGAUAUUAACGAUAUACACCCCAACCUAUUUCAAGUCACAAAUGUGAAUGAUGAUAGAGAGCUUGUAAGUCCUGGACAAUUAGAAAUUACUGAAUCCGAAUUGAUAUUGCAUCAAAAGGGAAGAACACCUCUUAUUUGGCCAUUACGUACAUUGAGAAAAUAUGGAUUUGAUCAGGAAAUAUUCACUUUUGAAUGCGGGAGACGAUGUCCAACUGGAGAAGGAAUAUAUGCUUUUCAAUGUAAGAGAGCCGAACAAUUAUUCAAUAUUGUGCAACAAAAUAUCUCCAGAAAUGCUGGAGAUGAUUCAAACAUAAACAGUGAUUUCUUGAGUGGCAUUGGACCACCUGUAACUCGCCGUAUGCCGUCCCAAAUUCAACCUGAAGGUUAUUUAACUCCAUUAACUGCACCAAAUGUACAUACGCUAAGAAGCUACCCGGCGGUUAGACCUGGCUCAGUAACAGCAUCUGGGCCUAUAAGUCCUCCUGCAGUUUCAUCUACACCUAAUGUAGAAAAUCCUCUAGAGCAUAAUAAUAAUAAGCGUGGUAGCCUAAUUUCCAAUAGUUCUUUCUCGUAUACCAAUACAAGUGCUCUUGAAAGUAGUGAAACACAACCAAAUUAUGCAAAUUUUGGUGUAGAACCUGCUUUAAGUAAUACCGAUCCUUUUGUGCAAGAAUCUGUGUGCCACGUAUAUAUGAAUAUAGAUACCAAAGAAGUGUUACCGAACCCAACCAAAGAAAUUCCAGAUCAACAAUUAAAAUCUGAUAGUCAUGAAGAUGAAAAUAAACAUUGCUAUGCCAAUAUAGAUGCCAAAGAUAUGGAGCAGCUACGAACAUUCAGAUCUAGUCUUAACCAUGUACCAAAUAGUUUACAUCAACCUGCUAAUAUUUAUUUGAAUACAAGAAAAGUCAACUAUGCUAAACUUGAUUUUGACACGAAAGAUGAGACAAUUGUACCUCAAGUUCCCCCAGAAAGUCCCACGAAGACGAAAGAAAGUUAUGCAGUAAUUGACUUCUAUAGAACAAAUGCUCUCUCCCAGUCUACUAAUCCCACUAUGGAUGUUGAGGAAGGUGUCAGAAAAACAAGGCAUAAUUCUUCAAUCAGUGAUGUCGUUACACGAACUAGCACCUCCUUGAGUGACUGAAUACAUCGAAAGUGUAAGGUUCGUGAUUUUAUUAUUAAUUGAACUUAUUUAAUUUGGUGACACUUAUGUUCAAUAUGGAGGGUCGAUUAAGUGAUUUAAUCGCCUUGUGUUAACGCACACUGAAACUCAGUUCAGUUGAACUGAGGAAAAUUUCAUUUGACUCGUAUUUGGAUACUUUUUUUUAAACCUUGACAGAAGGGUUUCAAAAAGAUUGAUCAAAAUGAUUCAAUAAGAAGCCAGUUCGAAGCGUUUAUAUAUCUCUCCUUUUUUUAUAAACAAUAUGGUUACUCUACCAAAACUAAAUUCUUGAAAAAUUUGUCAUAAAUGUUGAAUGUAGAUAUGGAAAAAUGAGUAUUCUAUAUAAAACCAUUUGUCAUUUAAAAAAAAUAGGAGAGGUUAGUCAAGCUUUUCAUUGAAAUAAUAAAGGAAAUUUUGAUUUUUCCUAAUAUGUCAUUUUAUCCAAGUUUUGUUUUUUGGUUUCUGGUUUUUUUUUUUUUAGGCCACCAUUUCUGGCUUUUCUUGGUUUAUUAGUUAUUGGUGGCCCAAAUGAACUAGAAGACCUUCUUAAUUAAUAGAAUAUUCAACAUUGUUCCAGAGAACAGUGCAACAAUAAUCAAAAAAUUGCGUUGUAUGAUAUCAAAUAAACAAGUGUUCUUUUUCAAUGGCGAAGUGGGGAUGGUCACAGGGCUGAGCUGUGGGUCCCCAAACAUGGGAUGAGUUGUGAUACCACAUCGGUUGAAAAUAAAGUAGAUUCCUUAUAAAUCAAAAUGUUUAGUGUGAAGGAAAAAAUUCAAUUUAUAAUAAAUUUGGCUGAACGAGGUGGAUUAUUUGAACAUUUAUUUUAAUUUGUCGACCCUCAAUUCCGCAUUUUUUAUAGGUUGCUUUUGUUUUUCUUUAUAUUCAUUACUUUGGUAGGAUUUAUUUUAUCUUCAAACCAGUUCUGGCCAAAAAGAACCUAAGUUCUCAUUUUCACCUCCUGUGACCAUCCCCACUCUGCCAUUGAAGAAGAACACUCGUUUAUUCGAUAUCAUACCAGAUAUUUGAUUGUUCUCUGGAAUAAUGUUGAAUAUCCUACCUUUCCUAAUGUUUUUUCCAAACCUGUAUAUUCAAGUAUUUAUAGAAAUAGUUUUGUAUUCCUGACUGAUAUUAUGACUGAACAUUAACAGCUAGGAUUUCUCCGAUUUUACACAAACUUUCAGUUCCUGUUUGGUAAACCAUGAUGUAAUAUCGUUUAUGUAUAAUUCCAAUUAUACUAUUUUUCAAGUUACAAAUUUCUGAAGAUUUUAAGUUUAACCAACAAUGUAACGAACUUCUGUUCAUGAACAGAUUUAAAUUACAUAUCUAGAAUACAAAAAUAACCAAGGUAUUUAUAGAGAAAAAUAGAUUUAGAAAAACAGAUAAUAUUUCUUCUAAUAAAGAGUAUCCAAAUUUGAGUUAAUGAAAAUUAUGAAGAAUUUGAAAUAGUUUUCUCCUACCUGAAUAUAUCGAUAUAAUCUGAUGCCUGACUCAUUUGUGUUAUUGGAUAUACCACAAAAACAGCCAUCAUUUAAUUGAAUUGAGAGAUUUCAAUAGAAAUAUUGUAAAUAUGUUUAAAAAGAUUGGGUGAAAUUAUAAGCUGAUUAAUCAAAAAAAUAUUGAAAAAUGAUGUUUGACAGUUUUUGUUUUCUCAAGCACAAGCAAACUUCCUGAUCUCAUAUGUUUGAUGAAUAUUUACUCAGGAACUCAAUGCAAAAUAUUUUCUUUUUGAUUAGCAAGAUAAAUCCUUGAAUCAAUAAUAUUUAUCUUUUUCAUAACACAUCCGUAUCCAAAAAAAUUUUGUUCAGUUAUUCUAUUUUGAUAGAAGUACUUGAAUUUUGUUAAUUAUACAUUGGAGCGAAUAUGUUCAAUGUUUUCUGUUCCAACUCCUAGGCCUCUAUAAGACGUCUCAGAAGCUUUGAGCUUGUAAGAGUUGGGAGUUGUCUAGGCUCUGGUACAAUUUCAAUUUUAUUUUGUGAAACUGAAUAUAAUUUAAGGGCUUCCCAAUAACACAUCGAAAUAAUUUGAAAUUUGAUUUAACCAUGAAUAGUAUAGCCUUGAAACAAAUUGUAUAGAAAAAAAGUGAUGUUGAUUUAAUAUAAAUGUUGUUUCAGUAUUCUCAUCGACAUAUUUUUAUGCCUGUGUAUCAACCAAGUUGGAUUUAUUCAUUGUUAGAAUGUUACAAAUGUUAUAUUGUAUGUGGUUGCUUGCAGUGAAUGGUUGGUGGUCAUUGUUUGUCAUGAAUAUGGAUUGAUAUAGGUAGAUUUGAUAUGAAAUUUUAUCUCAGAAUUUCGUUUUUUCUUUCAAGAAGAUGAUGAUCUUGUAUUGUUGAUUUUUCAGAUUUGUUUAUAUUGAUUUUUUACAAACAAGGUAUGAGAAAGUUUUCAAUAUAUAUUGAAAUUUGAAAAAGAUAUUGAAAUGCAUGCACCACAUCGAUCUGUCUUUUAAUGUACAGAAAUAUUAAAAAUAUAAUUCAGAACAGGUUUUAUACAUUUUGUGUUUUUACUACCAAAAGUAGUAAAAACGUAAAAAGUAUAAAACUUGUUUUAAUCCUGAUCAACUACCCAUUAGUAACAGCUGAAACAGUUCAAUAUUUGAAAAAUAUAAUUGUUUAUAUUGUUACUAUAAUUGUUUAUAUAUACCUUGCAAUAUUUCGUGGAUAGUUAGAAAAAUUUUUUUUCCAUUUGUAUCAAUUUUUCUCAAAAUACAACACAAUUCAGAUGAAAGAAUGUUUCUGAAAAAACAAUCUCUAAGAAUUUAUAUUUGCUUCUUCUUCAAUUCUCAUUAUUUUCCAUUCACUCAUCAAACCAUCCUUUUGAAGCAAUGAAUCCGAUUAUUGAAACCUAUUUCCAUAUUUGAAACUUAUAUAUUUUUUCUGUAUGAAACUUACGAGUAACAGAUCUUCAUUUGAAUGAACAAAUGUUUUCAUAAAUGGAACUUUCUGAGCAUAUAACGUACAAAAGAGGUUGAAAUGUUUUUCUUCAUACAUUUGCCUUAGAAUAAUGUUGAAGUAGAGAGUUAGAGAUUUGAAAAAUGCUGUCACCUUAUUAACUAAGAAAUGAUUUAUGACCAGAGAUUUUUUUAAAAUUAUACAAAAUGCCAAAGAUAAUUGUUGAAAAUUCUGAGAUUGUGUAUAUAUAAAAAAAGAUGUAUUAUUUAAGUAUGUUACCCAUAUCUUGUGCUAUUAGUGAAGUAUAUUAUUACACAUAUUUAAUUUUUAAUAAAUAUUUUACAUACA